GGAGGGGCAGAGCCGCAAGCCAGGAGCCCUCAGCCAACCCUCCCCCCCCGACGUCUCCUCCGUCCAGAGUGACACUCCGGCUUCCCCCGGAUCCCAAUUCCGAGGAGCGCGCGAGGAUGUGAGCCCAGGAAGAGGAGCAGGAGCAGCAGGAAGGACCCAAAGAGUGGCUGGCCCCGAGGAGGAAGAAGAGGAAGAGGAGGAGGAGGAGGAGGAGGAUGCCGCCGCCGACUUGAGGCGCCCCUUACCAACCAACCCGACCCCCAGGUUGCAAAGCAGCCGCGUGGGUCCCCCUCUCCCCCCUUUUCCCUCCCUCUCCCCCCUCCACAACCCCCCAAAAUCCACCCCUUCCAAGGGCCCUCGCAACCCUCGGGAGGGGAAGCGGGCAAGCUCGGGUCAGCGCCGGAGCAGCAGGUAGUGGAGCUCCCCUUGCUCGCUCUCCAAAACUCUCUCUCCUUGCCCUCCUCGGAGCCUGCCUGCCUGCCUUCCGCCCCCCCCCCCCCCCAGACCCAGGAAGAACAGGAGGAGACACCGAGGAAACAGCCCUCAGCUGCGGCUGGACGGCGGAGGGCGGGUAGUAAGUCUCACCCUUUCCUUCCUUCCUUCCUUCCUUCCUUCCUUCCUUCCUUCCUUCCUUCCUUCCUCUUUCUUUCCUUUAUUCCUUCCUUCCUCUUUUCCUCCCUUCCUUCCUUCUUCUCUUCUCUUCCUUCCUUCUCUUCCUUCCUUCACUCCUUCUUCUUCCUUCCCAGGCAGGUAAAAGGGAGGCAAAGCGAGCAGGAAGGAGCCCUCCCCCUCCAAGCCUUCCUCCUCCUCCUCCUCAUCAUCUUCCUCCUCCAGCGAAGAGCGGGAAGGAGCUCCAGCCCCUGGGAAGCCCACCGGCCGGACUAGAGAGAGGAGAGGACCGGCGAAUUAACCAGAGCCCGGGGCCGGCGGCAGCCAUGUCGGCCUCGCAGGUCUCGUCGUCGCGGCGGCAGUCGUGCUACCUGUGCGACCUUCCCCGGAUGCCGUGGGCCAUGAUCUGGGACUUCAGCGAGCCCGUCUGCCGGGGCUGCGUCAACUACGAGGGCGCCGACCGGAUCGAGUUCGUCAUCGAGACGGCCCGACAGCUCAAGCGCGCCCACGGCUGCUUCCAGGACGGACGCUCCCCGGGACCCCCGCCGCCUGUCGGGGUCAAAGCCGUGGCCGGGCUCUCCGCCAAGGAAGCGGCGGCGGCGGCGGCAGCAGCGGCGGCUGCAGCGGCCGCCGCCGUCCAGCAGCAGCAGCAGCAGCAACUCAACCAUGUGGACGCGGCCUCCAAAGCGCCGUCGGGGCUGGAGCGCUACGGCCUGAGUGAGCAGCGGAGCCGCUUCGAGUACCCGCCUCCCCCGCCUCCGCCGUCGGGCAGCCUGAGCGGGGGCCACGGCGGACGCCUCCCCAACGGCCUGGGCGGCCCCAACGGCUUCCCCAAAGUCCCCGACGACGGUCCGCCGGAGCUGAACCGCCAGAGCCCCAACUCCUCCUCGUCCUCGUCCUCCUCCCGUCGAGCGGCCCAUGGGGGGAUGGUGGGGGGCCUGCCCCCGGGCAGCGGAGGGGCCCAGCUCAACGUGCCGCCCAACCUGCUCCCGCAGACGCUGCUCAACGGACCCGCCGCCUCCGGAGUGGCCCUGCCUCCCCCGCGGGGACCCCCGACCUCCUCCUCCUCGUCCUCUUCGUCCUCCUCCUCGUCCUCCUCUUCUUCCUCGACGUCUUCCUCGGGAGGCGACCCUUGCGGGAAGCGCCCGGGCUCAGUCUCGAGCAGCAGCGGCGGCGGGGGCGGAGGCGUGGAGCAGGAGCGGGAGCUGAAGGAGAAGCAGCGCAACGCGGAGGCGCUGUCGGAGCUGAGCGAGAGCGUGCGGAACCGGGCGGAGGAGUGGUCGAGCAAACCCAAGCUGGUGCGGGAGACGCUGCUGACGCUGGCCAACUGCACCCCCUACGAGGUGCGCUUCAAGAAGGACCACGCGCUGCUGGGCCGCGUCUUCGCCUUCGACGCCGUCUCCAAGCCCGGGCUGGACUACGAGCUCAAGCUCUUCAUCGAGUACCCGAGCGGCUCCGGGACGGUCUUCGCCAGCGCCUCCGGGGUGGCCAAGCAGAUGUACCAGGACUGCAUGAAGGACUUCGGCCGGGGCCUCUCGUCGGGCUUCAAGUACCUCGAGUACGAGAAGAAGCACGGCUCGGGCGACUGGCGGCUCCUGGGGGACCUGCUGCCGGAGUCGGUGCGCUUCUUCAAGGAGAUGGUGGGCGCCGACAUGCUCCCGCAGCCCUACCUCGACGCCGCCUGCCCGAUGCUGCCCUCCACCCUGGUCAGCUUGCCCCGGGGGCCCGUCUCCUCGGCCGGGGCGGGGGGCAGCGGAGCGGCCUCCGGUCGCGGGCCUGGCGGAGGAGGGGGAGGCGGCGGCGGAGGAGGAGGCGGCGGCGGCGGCCUGAGGAAGAGGAAGGCCUCCCCGGAGCCGUCGGACUCGGGCUCGGAGGGCAGCCUCAAGCUGAGCGAGGAGCAACAGCGCCAGCAGUGGAUGGCCAGCCAGAGCGAGGCCCUCAAGCUGACCAUGGCCUCGGGGGGCUUGCCGGGGUGCCUCCCCCCCCCGCCCCCCCCCCCCCCUCCGCCUCUGGGGCCCCACUCCAACCGGACCACCCCGCCAGAGUCGGCCCCCCAGAACGGCCAGUCCCCGAUGGCCGCCUUGAUGUCGGUGGCUGACACUCUGGGCAAUGCCCACUCGCCCAAGGACGGCAGCAGCAGCUCGGUCCACUCGACCACCUCCUCCACGCGGCGGAACAGCAGCAGCCCGGUCUCGCCGGCCUCGGUGCCCGGCCAGCGCCGCCUGGCUUCCCGCAACGGAGCCCCCGGGGACCUCAGCCUGCCAGUGGCCCCCCCGCCGCCGCCUCCUCCGCCGCCGCCCCCCGGCGCCCACCCGGGCCUGGACCAAGGGCACCCCCAAAACAUUCCCGACUCGCCCAUGGCCAAUAGCGGACCCCUUUGCUGCACCAUUUGCCAUGAACGCUUGGAGGACACCCACUUCGUCCAGUGCCCCUCGGUGCCCAGCCACAAGUUCUGCUUCCCUUGUUCGCGGGAGAGCAUCAAAGCCCAAGGGGCCACGGGAGAAGUCUACUGCCCCAGCGGCGAGAAAUGCCCCCUGGUCGGCUCCAACGUGCCUUGGGCCUUUAUGCAGGGCGAGAUCGCCACCAUUUUAGCCGGGGAUGUCAAAGUCAAAAAGGAGAGGGACCCUUAAGAGGCCAGGGCCACAGCCGGACCCCUUCCCUUCCCCUCCCUUCCUCUUGUAGAAUUGUGAAUAGCGACGACAACGACAACAAAAAACCCCGACGGACAGUUCAGCAAAAAGUUUAGUCUUAUGUAUAGACCUUAUUUUCGUCGUAUGUUUCUAUAUUUUGAAACAAAGGUAUGUACCCCUUCUUCAUUUGAAGGAUAGAGCUAUUCUUCUUUUUAAAUCUCCCCCUUUGUUUUUGUUUCAGUUAAAACAAUAUAAUGCUUGCAUCCACACUGUACAGAUAACCCGGUUUGGCACCGCUUUAACUCUUUGUC